GGACAGUGAACGCCGAGUGAAAGGCGAUUAAAUCUAUAAACAAGCUGCAGAUUGAUUGCAUGGAUGAAUCCACAUGUUUACCUUAUCAGACACGGCGGAGGGCGUUUUCAAUCUAUUGCAAGUACAUCAACUCUAGCUUUUAUACAGCGGCCUUUUUUAUUCGAACGAAAAGAUUAUCUAGUUUUGGGACGCAGGGGUCAGAGCAGGCACAGUCUUGGGCCUGUGUGAAGCUAGCCACAAUUAAGGAUUUGCCACGCUAGUUGAAUGUGCGGUUUGCCUUCAAAAUAAAAGUUGCCUCAUUAAAAGUGAUUCAAACGGAUAGAACAAAUAGUGGAAUCAUUCCAUAUUUGACUAGAUAAUGCUUAACAAGGUCGGAAUGUUAUAAAUUAAACAAAAUGCAAUAAUGUGUAGAUUGAUGAGGGGAAAAAACGACUUAAUCAAUUUUAGAAUAAGGCUGUAACGUAACAAAAUGUGGAAAAAGUCAAGGGGUCUGAAUACUUUCCGAAAUGCACUGUAAGUCUCCAAUGCAAUUCUAAAGUCUAAUACAUCCAGAGUACGAAUUCAACUGAUGUUUUCUUUUUUUGUGUCAAAUUAACUAGUUAUUGUCUUUUGUUGAAUUUUUAUAGAACAUUCCGACCUUGUUUAGCAUGAUCUAAAUAAAGUUUUUAAAAAAUGUAGUCCAUGAUUCCACUAUUCAUAUCCGUUUGAAUCACGUUCAAUGGGGACUUUUAUUUUUAAGACGAACCUCAAAUUCCACUAUUGUGGCUAUUCCUUAUUAUGACUAGCUUCACACAGGUCAGGUUUGGCACAGCGGCUGUGAGAAUAGGCACCUGUUGGCGCAAAGGUGACAUGACAAACACAGCGCAAAGCUGCUGACUCGUGUCUCCUCUCACGUAUCGCUGAAUCCAGAACUAACUUUGGAGUUUAAGUUAUUUGGAUGUGGCAAGCCAACUGCAGACGAAUGCUGUGUUUAACGAACUGGAUAUCUGAGACAGUCAUGGGCGGGUGUGUAGGGAGGGAUCAGCUGGACGGACCAGGGCCUGCCAGGAACUCUACAUGGAGCAAAAAACGAGGAGGACGCAAUGAGCCCCUGAAGAAGGAGUGCCCUAAAUGGAAGAGUGAGUACCCUAUGACUGAGGGCCAGCUGAGGAGUAAGAGGGAUGAGUUUUGGGACACGGCUCCAGCCUUUGACGGCAGGAAGGAGAUUUGGGACGCGCUCCGAGCGGCAGCAGUGGCUGCAGAGGUGAACGACCUGGAACUGGCUCAGGCCAUAGUGGACGGAGCCUGCAUCACACUACCACACGGUACGCUGACAGAGAGUUAUGAUGAGCUGGGGAACCGCUACCAGCUUCCUGCCUACACUCUAGUCCCUCCCACCAACCUCAUCACUGAAUGCACCAAUGAGAGCCAAGCUCCCAAUCUAAAGGAGCAGAAAAAGCCUCCCCCUCCUCCUAAAGAGGAGUUCCAGCUACGAGUACGUCUCUCGUGCGAUAAGGACCUACGUAUAAGCGCCUCCAUGUCAGACUCCAUUUCCCAGCUGAAGACAGCCCUGGAGGGGCAGGAGGACAUUGAAGCGGCCCACCAACGCUGGUUCUUUGCAGGGAAACUGCUAACAGAUAAGACCCGGCUCCAGGACACUAAGAUACAAAAAGACUUUGUGGUCCAGGUCAUCGUGAACAACUACUCACCCGUAACCAAACUCAUACCAAACUGAGAGAGAGAGAGAGGUGGCGCAAGGCCUUGUUUCACUCCUCUGGAACACCAGGGUUGUGUUCAUUAGCGCACACUGUAGGGAAACGUUUUGCAACAGAAAACAAACAUGUUUUUAUUGUACAUGUUCAGAUAGUUCCUCCAAGUUUCGGACCACUUUCUUACAUUUCAUGUCUAGUGGACACGACCCUGGACUAUGGGUUACUGCAAAGGAAUUUGGGGUAUAAUAUUUGAUAAUUAGUUUACGUUUGCUUUUGUAUUUCCUAUCCUCUUUUUGUAUUUCCCAAUAUUUUCCUAAUAAUCCCACAUUAUUAAUUUGUGUAUUUUCACUCCGUAUGUGUAGCCUGGCAAAGAACUGACAAACUGUAGGUUGAACUGGAAGAGAAUCAUGGCAUGAGGAGAAUUUACUACAGUACGUCUGUCUGUCUGUCUACAGAUGAUCCACUACCAUUACACCUCUGUCAGUAUAUAAAUUAUUUUCCUUGUGAGUGUGUCCUUGUGUUCAUCUGGAACUUUGAACUAUGAAUAGGGUUGGACAGUGGAAAGUAUCCUGCCUGACGAUACAAAUAUUCUAUUGGAUCUCUAUUUAUACUGAAAGCCAUUCUAUUUGUAUUAUUUCUAUUGUCUGAUUGUUACAUAAUGGUAAAGAAGAAUAUCGACAGAUUUAUGAAAUUAUGUUUACAUACUGUUUCAAUGCUUGUUUAAUUGUGAAUAUUUAUAUAUUUAAUAAGCAGAAAUGUAUUUUUAAGUGAAAAUGUUCAUGAAAAGUCAACAAUGUGAUGAACAAGUGAAAAGACUGGUUUAUAAGGUGGAAAUAGCUGAUUUGAUUUUCUCUAUUUUCCAACCAGGUAUGGAUAACAUGCUGUAGUUUUGUAUGCUCCAAAGUGCACUAAAAGUGGAUGAAUAUUUGUGAAUGAAUUUAUGAAUAAACAUUCUAAAUGAAUCAAA